UUAUUUUUUUUUUUAACCCCUCGUCAAGAGUAUAAUAUACUAUCUCCCAACUGCUUCAGAGAGACAAUCGGGAAAGGAAAGGGUACGGAUUAGAUCAAAUAGGAAAUAAAAGUAUGUAAUAGAUAGCAAUUGAUCUAUUUGUACUUUGAAGGGCAACAAAGAAUGGGCCCUGUUUUUUUAUUACUAUAUGUUCCAUUAGUAACAUUCCUUUGUAGCGUCAUUGUGUAUUUUAGUUGUGUUUAGUCUUUCCCGGUUAGAAAUCAUAUAGGAAUUUUUUAGAAAUGGAUUUAUUUGAUUGGUUCAUCAAUUUUAUUUGAUUGGUUCAUCAAUAGUGUUCGGCCAGAAUCCCUUUUUGACUCUGGACCAUGGAUUCUACUAUUAUUAGUGAGCAAUACAAUAAUGGAAUAUUUCUAGCAUAAAGAUAAGGGACAUAAUUGACAUGGAUAUAGUAAGUCUCGCUUGGGCUGCUUUAAUGGUAGUCUUUACAUUUUCCCUUUCACUCGUAGUAUGGGGAAGAAGUGGACUUUAGAAGGACUACUAAUUUAGUUUAGGAAUGAAAUGGUAUCAAUUGUUUUAUAGAUCGUUCUGCAACGCAUUUUUUAUUUUUUAUUUGAAUUGAAAUAAUUUUCAAAUCAAAAUUUAUUCAUUUCGAAAUUCCAUUGGAUUCUAGUGGAGAAAUGUAUUAUAUAACAGUAAAACAAUUAUUCAGUAAAACAAUUAUUUCAGAAAGAAAGAGAAUUGGGUCCUACGUUAAUUCCAUAUAUGGAUUAAUCACUACAUAUAUUGAAGAUAGAAGCUAAUAUAGUAUACCAACUUUAUUAGAAAGUAAAGUACAACUUUAUACACUACUAUAACACUAAUAGAGAGUAUGGUAAGAAAUUUCUUACCAUACUCUCGGAUCUCAUAGAAUACCGCUCAUUAUAGCCCGUUGAUUUCAUUUAAAACGCAAAAAAAUAAUUCUUUUGAUUUGAUUUCUUCAACUAUUGAUAAGAACUCAGAAGUCAAGUUUCAUUUCAAGUAAUUAAUUAUUUUGACUGACUGUUUUUACGUAAAUGAUAAGUAGAAAAGCAGUAGGAACUAAAAUGAACAGUGCAGUAGCAAUAAAUGCAAGAAUAUUUACUUCCAUAAUCUCAAUCUCAUCGUUUUUUUUUAUUUCACAAUAACUCGGGAUUUAAUCCCAUAGAGAUGAUAAAUCUUUCACCUGUCAAUUCCAUGAAUGCAUUACCUAUCGAUGAUCUUGAAUCGGAUCAAUAUCAUGAAUAACAAUAUCUGAGCUAUUAAAUUAAUUCGUCGUCGAGAAUUGAAUAGUAUAACAUACGAAGAUCUUUUAUCCAUACCGAAUCCAAGAUUGGAUUCCCGGACCAAUCAAAAAUUCCUUUAUUUAUCCUUCUUUUCUGUUCUUUCUUUUCUAUAACCUACCUUAGGUCUUCCGUAUAGAACCAUCAAAUGAAGUAUCCUCGUCCGUUUCCAUUUCCAUUAACUACAAAACGCCAACAAAAAAUACAAGCGAAGUGGAAAAAGAGAGGAAUUAGGUUGUAAAUUUGAAUGAUCCAAUUUUAUUUGGAAGACAAAGAAGUAUGAGAAAGAGGAGUCGCGGGAGAAAAGAUGGAAUAUUCUAUCAACUUCACUAUUUUAGUUAUUUUCAUUUUAUUUUAGUUUAGUGUUUGUUCUUUCUUCGACAGAAUCCUGAAAAAAAGAGGGGAAACCCCUUCGGAAUUAAAUUAUGAUCUCUGUCCCUUCUUUCAUUUCACAUAAAAUGGAGAGGUGAAUUGAUGUACUUAUUGGAUCCGUCGGGACUGACGGGGCUCGAACCCGCAACGUCCGCCUUGACAGGGCGGUGCUCUUGCCUAUUGAACUACAAUCCCAGGGAAAUAAGAAGAGAUCUAACAGAAAAUUUGGCUUCUUUUUUAUUCUCUCUUAUCAGGUAUUUCUUAAGAACAAGAGGGUUCUACCAUUUGAUAGUAUAUUGGCGAAUUUUUGGGCCGAGCUGGAUUUGAACCAGCGUAGACAUAUUGUCAACGAAUUUACAGUCCGUCCCCAUUAACCACUCGGGCAUCGACCCAACGCCUAAUUAGACGUUCCAUAAUCAACUUCCUUUCGUCUACCAGGCGGACUUGACAAAUACAUUUCACUUUUGAUAAAAUCCUACUCCUAUGGUCUUGGUAUACCCCUAGAGGGACUUGAACCCUCGUUUUCUCCGUGAAAGAGAGAGGUCGUAACCACUGGACCAUAGGGGCACCAAUGGACCAUAGGGGCCUAUGGCCACCUUUAGGAAAUCAAAAAGCACUACACAAUACAAAUACAAUAGGGAAUAAGGCCUAAGGCCACCUUAACUUAAAUAUAAAUCAGCCGAGGGACACCUUUAGAAGAUGAAUAGGAUAUGAAUCAAACCGAAAAACUCGUUAACUUUUCUGGGGGUUAACGGUAAUCAAACUUUACCAUUAAACUAUACAAUCUUUCAACUUUAUUUCAUUGGUUUUUCUCGUCUUUAUCUCUCUCA